AUGCCAGUCGAGAUCUUGCUCGAGAUCUAUCACCACUUGGACAUUGGUGCCAUCUUCGAGCUUUCGGUAAUCAACAGGUCGUUCUUCAAUUUCUACCUUCGGAGAAAGGCCACUAUCCUUCUUCCAGUCCUUGAGAGAGAUUUCAGUCCAUUCGACGAGCUCCUCCAGGUCUAUACAGCGUCUGUUGAUGAUGUCGACGUCAAGGACGGCCUGUAUAGGCCACGCCGUGUCAUCUUCAAGCGCUUUGUUGGAGAUGCCGGGCUCACGCUGACGAAACACGCUUCCUUUCCCAAGAGAUCUACUGAGAUUACCGGCAAUGGCUUCACCCGUGUAGACAAAAGUCACAGGGCAGUUCCGUUGCCAGAGUUGUCUCAGAAAACAUCCGUGUUGACAGAGGAUGAUCUCAGCGGCAUUUUGAAGCAUUGCCGACUUGUCCUGAGGUGGGAAGAGCUGUUUCCUCAAAUGAGAUGGUUCAACCAACCCGAGGACUGCCGUUUCUUGCGACCCCAUGAGUCGUUCAGAUUUCGCAGAGCCUUGUACAGGUGGUGGCUCUAUGGCGUCUACUUUCACGGCGAAUUUCCUCGCCCACGCGUGGGGCACCCCGAACCGCACGUGGACGACAUUCGAACCAGUCAAAUGCGCCACCAUUCGACUGCCGAGCUUCUCGAGCUGAUGGACUUUCUGGAGACGAUCAAGGACGUGAUUCUGCACUACAUCUGCCCCCGUUUAGACCCGAGUCAAAACACUAUCGCCGGUGAAGUAGCGCCUGACGGGCUUGCAGACAGGAGCCAUUCGCUCGCCACCAGCUGGAUGGACCAAAGCCGCUGGGGUCGUGUCAUCAAAACAUAUGCGAAACUCGGCCCCGAGGAACUGCUGUACUACUUCGACAACAUCUACAGCUAUCCGCGGAAGCGCCUGAUCACAGAGAUUCGGCUUCAGCACCCCAGCUUUACCUUUGACCAGGAGUCGAUCCAGAUCGCCGUUCGGUGUGCGCUAGAUGAGCGGCACUGGACGGACAAGAAUCCAAGUCUGGCGGAGGACGGAUGCGGUGGAAUCAUCGACUUUGACGAUGAGCGCGACGAGCAGAGAGGAGUUUUCAAGUAUGACGGCAGUCCGGAUGGGUCCCUGCCUCAGGGCGCCAGGUCUGUCCAGUCGUAUUCGAGGUACUCUCCACGAGGCGAUGACGGAUCGUUCAUGGACGACUAUUACCGCUUGUCUGGCUUCGAGGCUCGCUUGGCUGGGGCAACUGCUCUGGAUGCCGUGGUCUAG